GCCGUACAAGAGUUGCCUUAGCGACCGUGGCGGCGCGGCCUGGUCCUGAAUAACAGCGGUCUGAAGGCUGCCGUGACGUUGCCUGAGGCGAAAUCGGCGGCCGCAGUCUAACGAAACCGAGGCAUUUGGCGCCGAGAUGUCUUUCCGCGAUCUCCGUAAUUUUACUGAAAUGAUGAGGGCCCUGGGUUAUCCCCGGCUCAUCUCUAUGGAGAAUUUUCGCACACCGAACUUCUGGCUUGUUUCAGAGAUACUCCUUUGGCUGGUGAAAAGGUAUGAGCCUCAAUCCGAUAUCCCUUCAGACGUGGAGACAGAGCAGGAUCGGGUGUUUUUCAUUAAGGCAGUUGCUCAGUUUAUGGCGACCAAGGCUCAUAUCAAGCUGAACACCAAGAAGCUCUACCAGGCCGACGGCUAUGCAGUGAAGGAGCUGCUGAAGAUCACCACUGUGCUGUACAACGCCAUGAAGACAAAAGGCAUCGACGCCAUCAACAUGGAUGAGGAAGACGUGGGGAAGUUCAAGUUCGAUCUUGGCUCAAGAAUCAGUGAGCUGAAGGCUGCCCGGCAUCUUGCGUCAGAAAUCACUUCCAAAGGAGCAUCCGUCUAUGACUUGCUGGGCAAAGAAGUGGAGCUGAGAGAAAUGAGAACAGAAGCGAUUGCCAGGCCGUUGGAGAUAAACGAGACGGAAAAGGUGAUGAGAGUUGCAAUCAAGGACAUCUUGGAGCAGGUCCAGAAAACCAAAGAUCUGCUCAGCAACGUGGCUGCGGAUGAGGUCAGUUUAGAAGCCAAGAUCGAAAAGAGGAAGGCGGAGCUGGAAAGGAGCCAGAAGCGGCUGCAGACGCUCCAGAGCGUUCGCCCAGCCUUUAUGGAUGAAUAUGAGAAGAUCGAGGAGGAGUUGCAGAAACAAUACAGCUGCUACCUGGAGAAGUUUCGGAACCUGGCCUAUUUGGAGCAGCAGCUGGAUGACCAACAUCGCAUGGAGCAGGAGAGGUUUGAGGAAGCAGAGAACACCUUGCGUCUGAUGCAGAACAAGCUGAAGGAGGAAGAGAAAUGUUUGCUGAAGGCUGGAAGCAAUGAGGACUCCGACAUCGAGAUCCACGAAGACGAGGGCUCGGACAGCGAAAUGGAAGACCGGCAACUCAUAAAGCAACACAGAGCCAUGGAGAUGCUGAUUCAAGGGAGACCCAGCAAGCGGAUCGUGGGAACCAUGCAAGGCGGUGACACGGAGGAUGACGUGGGGCUGGCUAGAGCCCGCAAGCCCAGAGCCUCCAGAGCCAAGGCCAAGGAUGAUUCAGAGGACAGCGAAAUAGAUUUGGAUGACGACGAUGAAGACGAUGAGGACCUGGAAGAUGACAGCAUUGAUAUCUCUCCCAACAAGAGUAGCCGGAGGGCAAGGAAGCCGGAGCCACUGGAGGAGAGCGAUAAUGACUUUUGACCUCCCCCUGCCCCAAGAAACAGGUAUGCCGUCUCCCCCCAUGAAGCCUCGAAGAUGGCACAGGCUGCCCUGGGAGACAUCACAUGGCAGUGGAUUAUUCCUGAAGACUGGGCUUCAUUGUUCAUUUGAUGCUAACCUCCAUCAUUCUGUCAUCAACACACACAGUCUCUGAACUGCUUCCAGAGAAGUUAGAACCAAAGCAGUUGAGCGGGGCUCGAAGUUAGGGGUUGUGGGGCUCCUUGGUGCCAAAGGCCUUAAAACCCUCCACCGUGCAUUCCCAUGAGCAAAAUUCUUGGAGGCUUUUUGGUCCAGCCAUAUUUGCAAAUGUGUUAACCCAGUAGGACUUUCAUAAAUUGAUUUACACGGCAGAAGGCUGAAGCCUGAGCAACUGGCGCUCUGUUCUACUGGGCAAAAGACAGCAAUUUAUCUUGCUGCAGAGCCAGGCAUGUAGGAAUCGCUGGAGGUUUAAGUUCUGUUGAAUCUCUAUGUUGGCCCUUCGGCUACCUAAGCAAGGCUGAGGGUAAUGCAGAUUGAGGAAUCUUUAUUGCCUUGGAAUAAACAAACACCUUGGGGAAUAGAACACUUACUUUAAAACAUUUAGUACAGACUUACCACUGAGGCCGUCUAUAUCAGCUUAAAGCCAGGUUUAAUCGGUUCGAUCUUUCUGAGACAAGCUUUCAUUAGCAAGAUUCACAAGAAGAGCUUUGGGGUAAUUGUGCAACUUGGUAAUAACUCUAAGAAUAAAUAACUUGUAUACAUGCCCUGCUCUCUGGCGCAUCUGAUGAAGUGGGCUCUGAGUCACAAAAUGUAGGCUGGAAUAAAUUGUGUUAGUGUUUAAGGUGUUCUUUGGCUCCUGUUAAGGCUCCUGUGUUUUCCCUACCCCACUCCCCCACCCUUUCUGUUCCAAUAAACUGCUUUUUGUGUUUUGGCACUGAACAGUUUUGAUUGAACCUUUGCUGUCACCCCUCACAAGCUGCAUCCGUCUCAUGCACAGGCCUCCAGGUAGGACUGUUUUCCAAGGAAAAGCAGAAAUGUUUGUCAGCCCCUUUACACCCGCAAAGCAGACUGUCCUGCUGGACGCUUUUGUUUCACCAAUAAACCCUUUCUCCUCCA